AUGGAUAGCUAAUUUUUCCUCACUAAACAAUGGUUUAUUGAUUCUCAUUAAGGGAAUAUCAAGGAUUAGUAUCACUUUAAGGAGAGAUUGGGAGCAGGAGGCUUUGGAGUUGUGUAUUUAGCAGAACAUAAAAAGAAUGGUAUUUUCUUCGGAAGUUAAAAAGCAUUUAGUGAUAUCAAGCCAGAGAACUUUUUAUUAAAGUAUAAGGAAGAUAUAACCAAUGUCAAGCUGAUCGAUUUCGGACUUUCUAAUGAUUACUCAGAUGCUAAAGUUAUGUAAACUCCUGUUGGCUCUCCCUAUUAUAUCGCCCCUGAGGUAUUUGACUCAUCUUAUGAUUCUAAGUGUGAUUUAUGGUCAAUGGGUGUUGUUCUUUAUAUAUUAUUAUCAGGUAAAGUACCAUUCCCUGGGGAGUCCAAUAAAGAAAUUAUCGAAAAUGUAACUAGUGGGAAAUAUCAUUUCGCUCAUGAAGAAUUCAAAGUAGUUUCUUCCUAGGCAAAGGAUUUGAUAAGUAAGCUACUGAUGAAAGAUGCCUCUAAAAGAUAUACUGCUGCUGAUGCUUAUAAUCACCCAAUGAUAUAAAAUAUUGAAAGCAAUCUUGAUGUAUCCAUCGCAUCAGAAGCUUUUGAUAAUAUGAGGAAAUUCAUUGAGGCUGCAAAUUUCAAAAAGGCUACAUUAGUCUAUCUUGCCUCAAAACUACCUGAGAAAAACUUAGACGAAUUGAGAAGGCUUUUUAUCUAAAUAGACAAAAAUGGGGAUGGAAAAAUAACUCUUGACGAGUUUGUCAAGGCUCUAGAAGGUUAUGGAUUAAAAUACUCUGAAGCAGAGACCAAAUAACUGAUGAAUAAACUAGACACAAAUCUGAAUGGAUGUAUUGACUACACAGAGUUCCUAGCAGGAUGUAUGAAGUCUAAAGUAUAUCUUUAAGAAGAGUAACUUAAGAAUGCGUUCUCUUAUUUCGACAAGGAUCAAAGUGGAACUAUAAGUCUCGAUGAAUUGAAGCAGGUCCUUAGAAAAGGUGAGGUAGGACUCUCUGACACAGAGCUAGAGAAGAUUUUGAGGCAAGUAGAUGAAAAUAAGGACAAUCAGAUAGACUACAAUGAGUUUAUAGAGAUGAUGAAAAAUGAUCUUACUGUCAGAUUAGCUGUUUACAAUUCCAAGCUUUCAGACUUGCUCAUUUACAGACCUUAAUGCAAUAUCUUCUGA